AUGAUGGACGCGGAUUUUGUGAAUGCAAGAAGAAGUGCUUGGGCUGAUGAAGAUAUAGAUGACUUUGAGCCAUCAUUUGAUGAACCAUUAAAAGGUUUUGAAUCCAAACCAGAUAAAGAUGGCAUUAAACAUGUGAUUAGCUACAUAAAAGACAAUAAGGGUUCUACAAUUAAGAUAACAAAAAAAAUCAAAGAAGUAAGAAAUAUUAUUAAAAUUAACAAGAAUGUUGUAAAUAGAAGAUUAAUUAUGGAAAGGAAUUUAGCAGAUAGAUUCAACUCUGAUACAGAUGUUCCAAAACUUGGAGAUGAAAUCUCUAUUGAUAUUCCAAAAAAUGCAGACUCUAUGAACCUUCAAGAUAAAGAUAAUGAUGAUGAUUACUAUUUCAUGGAUCUCCCUGCUUCCAAUAAUAAUAAACUCUCGUUGUUUAAGAAAUCUGGAAAUAACUGCCCCUUUAUUCUUGGUGAUGAACAGAUUGAAAAGAUUACAUAUGGUCAACAAAGUAACUCUAUUAAUGACUUGAGCUCACCAUCAACUGGAUUUGGAACCAAUACAUCUUCGAAUGGAUUGAAUCUUGGAUUUGGAUCCUCUUUAAUUAAUAAAGGUAGUAUAGGUGAUGUUAAAACAACAGUUGGAAGUGGAAUAAUAAGUUCAAAUAUAAGUUCUGGGGGAAAUAGUGGAAUUGGUGGUCCCAUAGUUGGGAACAUUACAAGUGGCAGUACUAACAGAUAUCAACCUCCAUUUCUUAGAACCACCUCUGGGAGUGCCUUUGAAAGGGGUUCUAACUUACAAUCAUCACAUAGAGACGACUGUACUGUCAGAGUUGCCAAUCUUUCUGAAGACGCAACUGAAGAAGAUCUUCAAGAACUCUUCAAAACUGCUGGAAGAGUUGUCAAAGUCUUCCUCGCUAAAAACAAAAACAACUCUAAAAACACCAAAGGUUUUGCAUUUAUCACGUAUUCAAAAAGAGAAGAAGCUCAAAAUGCAAUUAGAAAACUUAAUCGUCAUGGAUAUGAUAACUUACUACUUAAUGUUGAAUGGGCUAAAACUAAAGAUAAAUAA